GUCACCAGGCAUCAGGUCUUUGGCUCGACAGCGGGCCACCGGCGUUUAUCUGGCAAGGCAGUGGUCUCCGAGUCAACAGGCACGACAGUGGGCACCGGGUCAUCAGGUACCAGGAUUGUCUGGCUCGACAGCGGGCAUCGGGUCAUCAGGUAUGACAGCGGGACACUAGGUUCCACCAGGCAUCAGGUCAUUUUGCUUGCCAGCGGGCCACCAGCGUCAUCUGGCAAGGCAGUGGGCACCGAAGUCACCAGGUACCGGAUCAUCUGGAUCAACAGCGGGCAUCGAGUCAACUGGCCUAAUAGAUCGUUCAGCUGGAUCAGUUCAUCAUGUACUGAGUAGAGGCAUCAGGCCGAGUACAGGCAUCAGGCCUGAGUAGAGGCUUCAGGC